GUGCACUACUACUAUUAAGACAACAAAAAUUCUCUGCCAAAAAUGUUCGGUACCAAACUUUACCGCCGUGUGGCGCGUGUGUGAGAAUUUGGUGUGCUGCCGCUUGAACUCACCGCACUCACAUCCACCCACAGCCCUUCUCUGCAGUCUCAAACUCCUCAAAACCAUAUUCAGUUUUAUUGCGGGUCCAUUUUUCCGCACUCAAAACCCACCACUUUUAACUCCUCUCAUUCAUUCCCUAUCUGAUUUCUACUUUGUUCACCAAACAAUACCCAAAAUUCAAAGAACAUAUUCCUUGCUUUUCAAUUCAGCGUGCACCAUUCGUUUGUUCUAAAGCUCCAGAGAGAACCCAAGUCCCCUCUGUAUCCAUUUGAUUUAAAGCUCUUAUCUUUUCACAGUCCGCCCCCUCUUGCUUUUUUCAUUUCCUCCUCUUAAGGAAUGAAAGUAUUUGGAGGCCAAAGCAGUGUUCUUUAUUCUUAUAUUCGGCCUUUUCGUUUUUGGGUUUGCUCUGCUUUGUUCUCUGCUCUUUUCUUUGCUCUGAAAGACUGAGUUUUUGGGUUGAGGAGGGAAGUUUGGAGAUGGAAACUGCGGUUCUUGAUUCCAUAAUCUAUAGGCUUCUUGAAGUGAAAGGGAAGCCAGGGAAGCUUGUGCAGCUUCAAGAGUCUGAGAUUAGACAGCUCUGUGUUUUGUCUAAAGAUAUUUUCUUGAGGCAGCCUAAUCUUUUGGAGCUUGAUGCACCCAUCAAGAUUUGUGGUGAUAUUCAUGGUCAGUAUUCAGAUCUUCUGAGGCUUUUUGAGUUUGGUGGACCACCUUCUCACUCCAACUACUUAUUCUUGGGGGACUAUGUAGAUCGAGGAAAGCAAAGCCUAGAAACAAUAUGCCUUCUCCUUGCAUAUAAAAUUAAGUAUCCUGAGAAUUUUUUCCUUCUGAGGGGAAACCAUGAGUGUGCUUCAAUUAACCGAAUAUAUGGGUUUUUUGAUGAGUGUAAACGGAGGUUCAAUGUCAGACUCUGGAAAGUAUUUACAGAUUGCUUCAACUGCCUUCCUGUGGCAGCUCUCAUUGAUGAAAAAAUACUCUGCAUGCAUGGUGGACUGUCUCCCGAGUUAAAUAAUCUAAAUCAAAUUAAGAAUUUACCAAGACCUACUGAUGUUCCUGAAAGUGGUUUGCUAUGUGAUCUCCUCUGGUCUGAUCCAAGCAAAGACAUCCAAGGCUGGGGACCAAAUGACAGGGGAGUUUCCUUUACCUUUGGUGCUGAGAAGGUGACAGAGUUUCUUCAGAGGCAUGAUCUAGACUUAGUUUGUCGAGCUCACCAGGUUGUAGAAGAUGGAUAUGAGUUCUUUGCUAAUAGACAACUUGUAACCAUAUUUUCGGCUCCUAAUUACUGUGGCGAGUUUGACAAUGCUGGGGCGAUGAUGAGCGUGGAUGAGUCUCUUAUGUGUUCUUUCCAGAUAUUAAAGCCUGCUGAUAAGAAAUCAAAGUUUGGGUUUGGGAGUAGAGCGGCACCUAAGCCGGGUACUCCGAUGAAAGUCAAGUCAUUUAUUGGCGGAAUGGUGUAAUGAUUUCAUUGUCUGCCUGGUUGGACAUAGCUAAUGUGGCAGUUUAAGAAGUCCUCUUGUUUUCAAUACAAGACAAAUAGCAACUUCCUCCAGCUAGGGAAGGUCCAAAAGAUUUUCUGCGAAGAAUGUCUGGAGUGAGACACCAGGAUGGGAAUCAGAAAAGUUGGAAGAGAGUUGGGUUGAAUCAUUUUUACAUUUUCCUUAUGUUAAUUUGAGUCUUGCUUUUCUCUGUAAAAUAACAACAGUUGUAAGACUUAGUAGUCUGAUCAUUCUCUGUUCUUUGUUCAAUCCGUCUUUUCAACCUGCGGUCUGUUGUGAUCAUAGAAUGAAAAUAGUGAGUUUUUGUGAGAGUUUCUUUUC